AUGAAAUCAAAGAAUUCGACAACCACGCCAAUACGAAUAGUAUACGACUGUAGUUGUACGCAAUAUCCUAAUCCAAGCCUCAACGAUUGCUUAGAAACAGGUCCUUCAUUGAUCAACGACUUGGUGGAAAUUUUAAUCCAGUUUCGUGUCAAUAAGAUCGCGUUCACAAGUGACAUAGAGAAGGCAUUUCUUAACGUACAACUGGUAAAACAUGACCGCAAGUACACAAAAUGUCUACGAUUAAGCGAUCCCAUGGACACAGAAAGUGACUUUGUCGUAUACCAGUUUGCGUCAGUGUUAUUUGGCUCAUCCAGUUCGCCAUUUAUUCAAAAUUCGGUUGUCAAAACGCACCUGGAUUCCGAAGAAACCCCUGUGGCGGACGACAUCAAACAAAAUAUCUAUGUGGACAAUGUGAUUAGCGGUAUCAAUACAGUACAUGACAUCCAGAAAUGA